CCUCUCAUAAUAUUUUUCCAAAAGAAAUACGGUUCGGUACAGAUUAUAAAACACUUGUUAAAAACAAGUGAAGUGCUAUAACGAUAUGGAUGGUAUGGUACCCAACUCAACAAAACAAAUGUCCGAUUCGUGCGCCCAUUUCGUAAGUUCUUCGAACGAUAAAUUCGAUCAACGCCCUCUUAUUAUUAUGUUUUAAUAUAUAUGGGCGUAUGUGAAUUGCGAUAUUUACAUCCUACCUUCUAAUUAUAACGUAAAAUUAAUAUUAAUAUCUUUGGAAAACUGUUAAAUUCUUUUAGCAGAACGGCUUAGCGACGAAAGGAAUCAAGUUUCAUUUUUGCAGUUUUAUAAAUGUUUGUCUAAGUGUUUGGAUAUUUAGUAUUAUUUUCAUUGUAUUAUAAAACUAUAUUUAAUUGAGAAUAGUGAAUACUCAAGAUGCCAGUUAAAAGUGUUCUCCUUUCACCAUGCAGUAAGUGAUUAGACUGGAUCCAAUCAUCGAUGUGUCGUUGUCACAUCAUAAACGAAGCACGGAUGUUGACUCUUAGGAGUUGUCUGUGCGAUGGUGAUAGCAAAGAGUAAGAAAGUUAAACCCAAAAUGAACAACACGAUCAAAAGCAUGGAUUACAAUUGGACUUCUGGCCAGGAACCUCCCAACAACCAGGAACUGGGAGUUCCUCGAGCUAUAUUCAUUCCUCAUUCAAAUUCCUUGCCAUUUGACGAAAGGCGAGUCACACUGGAACAACCUAUAAAGAUUGGACGCAACGUAUACCGAGCCACACCGACACCGACGAAUACGAUCUUCGAAUGUAGGGUCCUCUCCCGGCACCACGCAACUCUCUACUAUGACAAAGGACACUUUUAUCUCGUGGAUAACCAGAGCAGCAACGGUACCUUCAUCAAUAACAAGCGUUGCUCGAUCUCGGAGCUCGAGCCGCAGGAGGUGUUCUCCGGUGACGUGGUCCAGUUCGGCAUUCCGGUCGUCGAGAAUGCUGCCAAUUCGGAAAAGAACACGUUUCCACCGGUGGUGGCGCUGCUCAAGUUAUACCACCCAGACGGCAAGGAGGCCAAGCUCUCCUUCAACCCCACCAUGACGACGCCAUUACAUCUCAAAGAGCUGUACGAGCUUAAUAAUUUUGUUCAGGAAGCAAUCCAGCGCGAGGCGUCACUGGAGGGGCGGCUGCGCACACUGCGCGAGUGCGUGGAGCGCACGCGUGCGGACGCGCAGGCCUCCUGGGAGCUGUUCGUGGGCGAGCAGCGGCUGCUGACGCGCGUGCACACGCUGGAGGCUAUGCUGGCCGCCGGCAAGCAGCCCGAGCAGCACCACGUCGUGCAGCUGCUCACUGAUAAGAGGAACUAUCAGGAGGUGGCGCAGGAGAGUCUGCGCAGCGCACACGAGCAGCGACUGGCGCUGGAGGAGACGCUGGAGCGGCGCAGUCGCGAGGCCGCCGCGCUUCAUCAUCACAACUACGCGCUCAGGCUCACCGCCAACAACGCACUCGCUGAGCUCCAGAAGUUGGCGGCGCGUUGCGAGCGCAAGAUGUGUGCGGCGCGCCUCGCCAUCGCCGCCGCUGAGGAGCGCGAGCAAGCUGUGCGCAAACAUCUCCCACUUACAUGUUCGGUGCAGAAUGGUGAGGCAAAGAUGUUGGUGGUGAGCACGGACAGCAACAAGGUGUCAGAGGCGAGGCGCUCCGGCUCGCUGGAGGAUGCUGUGAGAGCGCUGCCUGACUACAUCAAGCUGCUGCUGCCACAACCACUGCUCAACAAGGUGGGCAUAAAAGCAAUAUCCGCGGAAGGUAAAUCAGCGAAAGAGUUCGAAUUAAUUUUAAAGAAGAAUAAUAUUUACAACUCAGAUAAUAAAGAAAAAGAGGAAACGGAGGACGGUGUCAGCGGCAGCGCUGAAGAGAAGACAGAAGAGCCAGAUACUUGCACUGACGACGAAAAACAGUCGCGACUUAACCACGAUCAAGAGCAUGAAGUGGAAUCAUCGAGUCCAGUGGACGGCGAGCUGCACUCAGACAAUAAUGCCAACUCUACAUUCAGCGAGUCCAGCAACAGAGAAGAAUCUCCUAGUAAAGCUGGUGUGGAGUACGCGAACAUCUUGCGCGUGAUGGCGGGCCUUAACGAGGAGAUCCGAGUGUUGCGCGAGCGCGUGUCAGCUGCGGGCGCGGAGGUGGAGCAGCUGCGGGCCGUGCGCGACGAGCUGCUCGCCGCGCAGCCGGACACCGAGCUGGAGCCCGCCGCACCCGCCACACCCGCAGAGGACGCCGCUGCAUACCGCGCUAAGAUAACUGACCUGCAGGCCCAGCUGUCUCGAUCGACGGUGGCGGAGGAGGCGAACCUCGCGGAGAUCCAGCGGCUGUCGAGCAGCGCGGCGGAGCUGCAGGCCGAGCUCGCGUUCCGGCCGACCCGCGCCGACAUCGACGACCUCACCUCAGUGGUGGCCGCUCUGCGCGCCGAGCUGCUCGACAAGCAGAGCCAGGUGGACGCGCUGCAGGCCGCGCUGCACAGGGACGUCGUCACUCUCGACAAGGCGGUCGACACCUCGCGCUCGCUCGAGCGCCUCGACCGCAUCGCCCGCCCCGACCCCGCCAUGGACGCACCCAUCGACCCCACCAAGAUCUCGGCGGAGAUCGACGAGAUGUUCCAGCUGGAUUACGACGACGACGAGGAGACGGACUCCGCCGCCACCGAGAUCAACCGCGGCGCCAGCGAGCCGCCUCAGGCCGACACGAGCCUCGGCGAGUACGUGCGGCUGGGCGACGAGGAGCGGCUGCAGGUGACGCUGCAGAACGGCACGCUGCACGCGCUCGAGGAGGAGCUGGUGCGCACCAAGGAGAAGUGGGCGGAGGUGUGCGCGGAGCGCGCCCGCCUCGCCGCCCAGCUCGCCACGCUACAGAACAAGCCGCUGCACCUCGACGUCUCGCACGGCCUCGCGCUGCUGCUGCCCGUCGCGCUCGCCUGCCUCUACUACCUCCUGCUGCCCUACAUCUCCUGAUUGACGGCCUCCUGGGACCCGCCCGGGUACGCUUAGCGCCGCCCCGCACCCCCCCGCGCGCGCCUUCCUCACAGUAUACAGUUCAAAUUAUUGCUCACUUUUUUAUUUAUAACGCGGUGCUCGUACCGACCCCCGCCAUACGCGUCGCCGGUGAAAAAGUGGUUGGAUAUUUUUGGGUUUAGGAUAAUUUAGAAUAAUAAUUGUUGUGCGAGUGCGGGUGCGGGCGGCGCGCGGACCCGAGCUUACCGUAGAGUGCCAUUUGCUGUGAGGUGAGGACGCGACGUCGCGGUGCAUUCUAUUGUUGCAUGUAUAUUGUUUAGUUUUUUUUUGUUCUGUAAAAACGUCGGUAUCGUAUUGAGUAAAAAAGAGAGAAAAUAUUAAAUUCGUUGUUGAUAUCUGCCAUAAUAACUGUAUAUUGUUAAUGUUAAGGCCUAACGACUGUCUUAAGUUGUAAUAAAUUAUUGUUCUACGAGGUCUCUAUAUAUCUUUAAGCAAAUUCUCUGUGGAGCGAUAUAUUGGAGGCGGAAUGAAUCUAGCAAUAUGUCUCUUGUUGAUUAUAAACUAUAAGAUACUUUAUAGUGUGUUCAUGAUUGUAUUGUGUCGGUCGUCGUCGUCGCCGCACAUAUCACGUUGUCAGGGCGAGGCGGGGGCCGGGGCUGAGGCUGAGGCGGGGGCCGGGGCUGAGGCCGGGGCCGGGGCCAGAUUUGGGGCCUCUGUCCAUAGAUAUCGCCGUCGAUGUACAUUUUGAUUUUUUUUUUGCAUUUUCUAGUCUUUUGUAUCGGUUUAGAUUUGGUUGCAUGACGUUUUACAUCUUGCAAUUUAUCAGAGCUUCGGCUUUAAGCCGUUGGAUGCGACAAGAUUCGUUCGUUGUUUGACAUAUUCUAACACUAUUUCUUGUUUACUUUAGUAUGAGAUUUUACAUGAUUAAAGAUCUUAAUUGAGCAUAAGAAUAUGGAAUUUAUUGCUC